AUGGAAACAGAGGCUAUUGAUGGCUAUAUAACGUGUGACAAUGAGCUUUCACCUGAAAGGGAGCACUCCACUAUGGCAAUUGACCUCACCUCAAGCACACCCAAUGGACAGCACGCCUCACCAAGUCACAUGACAAGCACAAAUUCAGUAAAACUAGAAAUGCAGAGUGAUGAAGAAUGUGACAGGAAACCCCUGAGCCGUGAAGAUGAGAUCAGGGGCCAUGAUGAAGGUAGCGGCCUAGAAGAACCCCUAAUUGAGAGCAGCGAGGUGGCUGACAACAGGAAAGUCCAGGAGCUUCAAGGCGAGGGAGGAAUCCGGCUUCCGAAUGGUAAACUGAAAUGUGACGUCUGUGGCAUGGUUUGCAUUGGGCCCAAUGUGCUUAUGGUACAUAAAAGGAGUCACACUGGUGAACGUCCCUUCCACUGUAACCAGUGUGGAGCUUCUUUUACUCAGAAGGGAAACCUUUUGAGACACAUAAAGUUACACUCUGGAGAGAAGCCGUUCAAAUGUCCUUUUUGUAGCUAUGCCUGUAGAAGAAGGGACGCCCUCACAGGACACCUCAGGACCCACUCUGUGGGUAAACCUCACAAGUGCAACUACUGUGGACGAAGCUACAAGCAGCGCAGUUCACUGGAGGAGCACAAGGAACGCUGCCACAACUAUCUCCAGAAUGUCAGCAUGGAGGCUGCUGGGCAGGUCAUGAGUCACCAUGUACCUCCUAUGGAAGAUUGUAAGGAACAAGAGCCUAUUAUGGACAACAAUAUUUCUCUGGUGCCUUUUGAGAGACCUGCUGUCAUAGAGAAGCUCACAGGGAAUAUGGGAAAACGUAAAAGCUCCACUCCACAAAAGUUUGUGGGGGAAAAGCUCAUGCGAUUCAGCUACCCAGACAUUCACUUUGAUAUGAACUUAACAUAUGAAAAAGAGGCUGAGCUAAUGCAGUCUCAUAUGAUGGACCAAGCCAUCAACAAUGCAAUCACCUACCUUGGAGCUGAGGCCCUUCACCCACUGAUGCAGCACCCGCCAAGCACAAUCGCUGAGGUGGCCCCGGUUAUAAGUUCAGCUUAUUCUCAGGUCUAUCAUCCAAAUAGGAUAGAAAGACCCAUUAGCAGGGAAACCUCCGAUAGUCAUGAAAACAACAUGGAUGGCCCUCUCUCUCUCAUCAGACCAAAGAGUCGACCCCAGGAAAGAGAGGCCUCUCCCAGCAAUAGCUGCCUGGAUUCUACAGACUCAGAAAUCAGCCAUGAUGACCACCAGUCCUACCAAGGAAACCCUGCCUUAAAUCCCAAGAGGAAACAAAGCCCAGCUUACAUGAAGGAGGAUGUCAAGGCUUUGGAUACCACCAAGGCUCCUAAGGGCUCUCUGAAGGACAUCUACAAGGUCUUCAAUGGAGAAGGAGAACAGAUUAGGGCCUUCAAGUGUGAGCACUGCCGAGUCCUUUUCCUAGACCAUGUCAUGUACACCAUUCAUAUGGGUUGCCAUGGCUACCGGGACCCACUGGAAUGCAACAUCUGUGGCUACAGAAGCCAGGACCGUUAUGAGUUUUCAUCACACAUUGUUCGAGGGGAGCACACAUUCCACUAG